AUGCCAAGCCUAAUCCUCGAGUCGCGGCCCUCCUCGAAGGACUCCCGAGGGAGUCGCGGAUCCAGCCGAAACUCGGUUGUAGAAGACAACUACCGAGCUAGUUAUUUCCCGGGGUAUUCGGAAAAGCCACUUGAUGAGCAGUUAGAGCCCAUUGCUGUGAUUGGAAUGGGAUGUCGCCUGCCAGGGGAUGUUGCUUCGCCAGCUGAUUUCUGGAACUUGAUGAUGAAGAAAGGAACCGGCCAAACUCCCAAGGUUCCAUCAUCACGGUUCAAUAUCGAUGCCCACUUUCACAAGAACAAUGACCGACCGGGAAGCUUCGGCCGGAAGCUCCUGGAAGUCGUCUACGAGGCGCUCGAAUCCGGCGGCGUUUCGCUCGAGGCUAUUUCUGGCACUCGGACAGCCAUGUCCUUCAAAGAGUCUUCCUUCCGCCACAGCCUAUCCGCCACGGGCGUAGACCCUGGUAUCAUUAGCAAUCGAAUUAGCCAUGUCUUUAACCUAAACGGUCCCAGCAUCAUGUGCAAUACGGCCUGCUCCUCGUCUGUCUACGCCUUACAUAACGCAUGCAAUGCCCUUCGGAACCAUGAGGCUGAAGGCGCUAUUGUUGGCGGUGUCAACUUGAUCAUCACCGUCGACCAGCACAUGAACACCGCAAAGCUCGGGGUAUUGUCGCCAACCUCGACCUGUCACACGUUUGAUAUCACCGCAGACGGUUAUGGCCGUGCCGACGCGGUUGGCGCUGUCUACCUGAAGCGUCUUUCUGAUGCGGUUCGCGACGGUGAUCCGAUCCGCGGGGUUAUUCGCUCCAGUGCCACCAACUCGAAUGGAAAGGUCCCUGCCGCCGACGUGAUCGGCCACGCUUAUAAACGUGGGGGAGAUCUCGAUCCCCGUCUCACCGGCUACUUCGAAUGCCACGGCACCGGAACUGCCAUCGGCGAUCCUAUCGAGGUAGAGGCUGUGUCCAUCGCGAUGAAUAAAGGGCUUAAAACCAACAUUGGGCAUAGCGAAGCGGCCAGCGGCUUGUCAGCGCUGAUCAAGGCCAUUCUGAUGGUUGAGCGGGGUGUUAUUGCCCCUACUAGGGGUCUUGUUACGCCGAAUCCUAAGAUCAAGUGGGAUGACUGGCAGGUCAAGGUGGUCACAGAACCAACGCCCUUUGCUGCUCACCUCCCAGUGAGACGAGUGUCGAUUAACAGCUUCGGAUACGGCGGUACUAACGCACACAUUAUCGUCGAGGCCGCCGAGUCUUUACUGGAGAAGGAACAGACUUAUAAAUUUAUCGACAACACUACAGAUAAGCGGCCGAGACAGGCGCCCCGUCGCGCUGCUCACCGCAAGCGUCCGUUUCUGCUACCAUUUUCGGCCCACGACAAGCCGACGCUUCUGCGUAAUAUCACUGCCCACGGAAAAAUCGUCAAUGAUUACGAUCUUAUCGACCUUUCUUAUACCCUGUCUACCCGCAGAAGCUCACUCCAAAGCAAGGGCUUUGCCGUGGUUAGCCAUAGCAACCUGAAGAGCGUUUUUGAUAACGUAUCGACUAGUUUCACUUUCGCCGAGAAGAAGAAGACGCCAACUCUGGGCUUUGUUUUCACUGGCCAGGGGGCUCAGUGGGCUUGCAUGGGGGCCGACCUGAUGAAGAACUCCUACCGCUUCCUUAGGUCUAUCCGUACCCUGGAUCUGGCGCUCGAAGAGUUGCAUGACGGACCGUCAUGGUCCAUCGAAGACGUCCUGCUGGAGCCACCCGAAACCUCAAGGGUUAAUGAGGCUGAAUAUUCUCAACCUCUAUGCACCGCUGUGCAGAUUUCACUGGUACAGCUCCUAGAAUACUGGGGCAUCAAGCCAGUCGUGACUGUUGGGCACUCUUCCGGCGAAAUGGCUGCUGCUUUUGCCGCUGGCCUGAUAUCUGCCAGAGAAGCCAUCACGCUUGCUUACUACCGUGGAGUGGUCACGCGCGAGGUGAACACGGACGGCGCCAUGAUGGCUGUCGGUCUUGGUGCUGAGGCUGUUUCGCCAUACCUCGAGGGGGUUAAGGAUAAGGUGGUUGUGGCUUGCCACAACUCGCCUUCGGGAGUGACGCUCAGCGGAGACGCCGGUGCGUUAGAGGAGGUCCGGGUCGAACUUACGAAGAAGGAAAUAUUCGCCCGCGUAGUCAAAACAAACGGGAAAGCAUACCACUCGCACCACAUGGCACCCGUCUCCGCGAAGUAUGAGAAGCUUGUGCGCGCGGCCAAGAAAUAUGCCAAGUUCGACCCUGCUACACCCUCGUCCGCUAAGAUGGUGUCUUCGGUGACCAACCGCGUCCUGCCGGAAAUGGCUACCCUGGAUGAGACCUACUGGAGCAAGAACUUGAGGAGUCCAGUGUUGUUUAACCAGGCUGUUCAGACAAUCUUGACGUCAGACGAGUUCUCUAAUGUCGAGCUCUUUGUUGAGAUUGGUCCUCACUCGGCUCUAAAGGGUCCUAUUCAGCAGAUCAAGGCAGAGAUGAAGGCAAAGUUCGAGUACCUACCGACUCUUCUCAGAGGUGCCGACAGCGCAGUUCAACUGCUGAGCCUCGCCGGCGAGAUGUUUUUGCGCAGCUAUCCCAUGAAUAAGGAGCGCGUCGCACAUGCCUACGUCGAUGAGCCCUCCCACGGCGGUAAGCUUUCCACAACCAAAGGAUCCAUUAUUGUCGACCUUCCCCCAUACCAAUGGAACUACGCGCGACCCUUGUGGGCAGAGAAUCGGGCCAGCCGCGAACAGCGUCUACCCAAGUUCCCCCGACACGAUGUGCUAGGACAGCUUGUCAUAGGAGCUUCCCUCGCCGAGCCGACGUGGCGGAACGUGCUUAGGACCCGGGACUUGCCUUGGUUGAAAGACCACAGUCUAGGUGGGGAGGUUGUCUUCCCCGCCGCGGGAUACUUUGCCAUGGCUAUGGAGGCCGUCACCCAACUAAACGAACUGAGCGAGUCGCCCAUCGCAAUCGAGAGUUACGUCUUACGCGACAUCUCGAUCCAGAAAGCUCUCGUGACCCCGGAUAAUGACGAAGGUAUCGAAGUUCUACUCAACCUCCGUCCAUCCGUGUACGGUGGCGAGUCGAAGACAACCUGGUGGGACUUCGGGGUUUCGUCGAUUGACGGCGAGGGAGUUAUCAAAGAACACAUGGCUGGCAGUAUAGCGAUCAACGCGCGCCCCCGCGGAAAUAAGCCCCGAGAGAUACCUCAGGGUACGCAGCGUGCGAGCGGCAAGGCCUGGAAUGAGGCCUUACGUGAGGUCGGCUUCGAUUACGGGCCAACGUUCCAGGACAUGGAAGACGUACGGUUCGACGGCAAGAACUAUUGGUGUAGCUGCAGCACGAACAUUAAGAAGCAGGUGGACGAGUCGCUGGGAGAGUCUCGAUACCCUCUCCACCCGGCUGCCAUCGACUCAGUGCUGCAGCUCUCCAUUGCGGCCAUCCACGCAGGCCGUACCAACGCCAUGGAUUACGGUGCCAUCCCAAUUCAGGUCGACGAGGUGACCAUCUGGCCACCAACUGAGGCUCAGGUUGAGAAUACGAAAGCAUUGGGAUAUGCUUGGUGUGAUCAGCGAGGUAUUCGCAAUUUUAAUACCAGUGCUCAGAUGACCGCAUACGACGGAGAGCUCGUGGUGGAAGUAACGAAUCUCCGCUGUGUCAGCUACGAGGCGGCGGUUCCCCAGAAGCCUCCAUCUGCCUUAACCGAAGCUCCCUACGGCGAGAUGGUCUGGGGUGUUGACUUCGAUAGCCUGAAGACAGCCUCAGAUAUCGACGGUCUGUCCAUUGCCGAUUUAGUCAACCUAGCGUUAUUCAAACACCCCGGCAAGAAGGUCCUACACGUUGGCUCAAGUGACGCUCGGAAUAUCCUUCAGAAGAGUCCCCGCGCCGCGUAUACGAUAAUAGCGAGGACCGACGCCGAGGCGGAUGCGCUCAAGACAUCUCUAGAGGAAUACCAGAGCGCAACUGUUCUCAAACCCGCAGAGGCUUCCUCCCUUGCGGAAGGGUCGUACGACAUCCUAGCUGUAGACCAGGGGGCAUACACAAUCGGAGAUAUUCUUCCCGCAGCUUGGAAAGCUCUCAAGCUCCACGGCUCUGCUUUCAUAGACUACAGCGACGAAUUCCGAAAGGUCGGUACGGAGGGUCUGGAAAUCACCAUCCAUAACAGCAGCACCGGUAGCACGAUCGCCCGAAAGGUGACACCCGCCGUGAACGGUGUGAACGGUCACGCAAACGGAAUUAAAAAGCCCAGCCGCACAGUGCAGUUGGUUUUCCGCGAGUCUCAGGCCGCCAUCGUCUCCUCAGUCAGGCUUGCUCUAGAGGCCCUCGGGUGGGACAUUCAGGUCUGCCGCUUAGACGCUUGCGUUGAAUCCGGUGUUAAAGAGCACGUGAUCAUACUUGCGGAUUUCGAGCGUCCCCUUCUGUAUACCGUGACGAAGAAUGAGUUUGAGUGUAUACAGGCGAUCAUCGACUCAACGUCUUCACUCCUAUGGGUCACGGCCGGGGGCCUCUUAGAGGGCAAGCAGCCGGAGUUCGCCAUGGUGUCAGGGUUGGCUAGGACCGUCACCUCUGAGCAGGCGUCGCUUGACUUCCGGACCAUCGACGUCGAUCUCGAGAACGUCACGCUAGACUCGGCCGUCGAUACCAUCGUAGAGGUCGCGCGGAAGCAAGAAAAGGCAGAUGAGGAGAUUCCAGACCGGGAGUUCUGCCUCUCCCAAGGGAAGAGGUACAUCAGCCGUCUCGUUCGAAACCACGACCUCAAUAGUCUCUUUUCGUCUACAGGUCCCAAGCCAAAGGCAUUCCGCCCAGGGGAACACAUAUCAGGUAAAGUUGUCGGUGGCAAGGUUAUCUUCCAGGAAGAAGCUGCUACUGAGGACGAGCUCAAACCUGGUCAUGUCCAAGUUCAAGUCCAGGCUAGUGGGUUGACAAAAGAAGGCGUUCUCGUCAUCACGGGAUCUGACUACCCUACCACUUUCAGCCACGAAGUCGGUGGAAUUGUACGAAAGGUCGGGGCAGGCGUCUCCGGCUUGAAGCCAGGUGAUGUGGUUGUCGGGUUCCACGCGGACACGUUCGCCAGCUACCAGCAGAUCCCAGCUUCUAUGCUGAAUAAGCUAGACAGCAACGAUGACUUGGACGAAGCCGUAGGCGUCUUAGCGGCCUACAGUACUGCGUUAUACGGACUGGAGACACUCGCGGGGAUCCAGCCGAAUGAGAAGGUCCUCAUCUUGCCGAACACGGGCGCGAGCGGCAUCGCCGCGGCGAAGAUUGCCCAGAACAAGGGUGCCAUCCCGUACGUGGUCACGAAGACGGCCCACGAAGUCGCCUUCCUGGAGAAACACUUAAAGCUCGACGCACGACGACAGAUUAUCGAGCUUUCGGGCAAUGCCUCGAUCUACGAGCAGAUCCGAGGCCUGACAGGCGGACAUGGGGCCGAUGUUGUUUUCAGUGCCGGAAGCACGGACAUAGAUGCUUCCCGUGAGGCCUGGCGUAGCAUCGCGCGUUUCGGCCGCUUUCUCGACAGCGGCCGCAAGGAUGCUCUGCGGCGCAGCGCCCUCUACGGCGUGCCCGCGCAACGGGGAGCGUGCUACAUGCCGUUCGAUAUCCUCGACAUCUACGAAGACCGGCCCCAGAUCCUCUCUAGCCUAUUCCCAACCGUCCUCGGUAUGCUACGACAAGGCUCUAUUGUGCCUCCCUCUAGCACGCAGCAUUCCGUAAAUCUGGCCGACCUCGACAAAGCGGUGGCGAGGUUCUCGGACGCCUUUGGUGCCUCUAGGCCCAUCAUCAAGUACGAAGCAUCCGAGAGCCCGGUCAUGGUAGUGCCUGCCCGCGCCCCGCUGAAGUUCAGCCCCGACGCCACUUACCUGCUCGUCGGCUGCCUAGGCGGUCUAGGACGCAGCUUGACGUCCUUAAUGAUGAAAUCGGGCGCACGAAGGUUCGUCUUCCUCUCACGCUCGGGCACAGACGCACCAGCCGCGGCGAAGCUCGUCAAAGAUAUCGAAGGCGCUGGAGCCAUCACACAGGUAGUGAGGGGAGACGCCACCUCGAGAGAGGACGUGGUUCGGGCCGUUCAGGGAAUCCCCUCCGAAUACCCGAUCAAGGGGGUUGUACAUGCGGCAAUGGUACUUCGGGACGGUUUAUUCGAGUCGAUGACCUUUGAAAAUUGGAGGACGACCGUCGAGCCGAAGAUAGCGGGCGCUGCCAAUCUACACUCGGUGCUGGCCAACGAGCCGCUGGACUUCUUCCUCAUGACGAGUUCGGUGUCUGGCGUCCUGGGCAACCCCGCGCAGUCCAACUACGCGGCCGCCAACACCUACCUAGACUCGCUAGCCCGCCACCGUGCCGCGUCUGGAAAGACAGCGACCUCGCUCGUGCUGCCCAUGAUCCUAGAGGUAGGCGUAGUGUCAGAGAACAACGACCUGGAGCAAGCGCUGAAGCGCAAGGGCAUGUACGGGAUCGGCGAGGCAGAGCUGCUCGAGAGCUUCGAGGCGGGCAUCUUGUCAGCGACCAAACUAGAGGGGACGGCACCCGAUCAUAUUGUCGUGGGUCUAGACCCUGCGCGGUUGAAGAAAGCUAUAAGCGACGCGGCCGUGACGGACAGCUACUGGCUCGAGGAUGCGCGCUUCAAACAGGCCGUGCACGACAUCAACUCGGCAGAGGGCACAGGAGGGAGCAGCGGCGGCAGCGGGCAGGACAUCAUCUCUACCAUCGCGGCGGCAGCUUCUCCGGCGGAGGCGGUAGACGCGGUGACGGAGCAUUUCAUCGCCAAGCUGGCCCGCAUGCUGCUUCUGGAAGACGACGCGUUCGAGCCCAGCGUCAAGUCCAUCUCGUCGUACGGCAUCGACAGCAUGAUCGGUGCCGAGUUGCGCAAGUGGAUCUUCAAGGAGUACAAGAUGGACGUGCCGUUCCAGCAGCUGCUUGGGCCCACGUUAACUGUCACCAAGUUUGCGGGCCAAGUAUGUGCUUCUCGGGGAAUUGAGGUGGCAGCAUGA